CAUACUAAUUAAUUAAUUGAUAAUUUAUAACUAGCUAUGGAAAAAAUUAAAACUGUAGUUAUGUAUUGGGUUCUUGUUUUUUGUUGUGUUUUGGCUAGUGAAGGUGAAGGUGAAGGUGGGCUAGCCAUUGGAAAUAUAGAGUUGAACUCUUUAGCUUCUACUGGCUAUGGAGAUGCUCUUGCCAAAGCUAUCAUAUUUUAUGACGGCCAACGCUCCGGGAAGUUGCCGGCUAAUCAGCAAGCAAAAUGGCGGGGAGAUUCCGGUCUUUUGGAUGGCAGGCCUGAAAAUGUGAAUUUGGUUGGAGGUUAUUAUGAUGCUGGUGAUAAUGUAAAAUUUACAUGGCCAAUGUCAUAUACUAUUACCUUGUUAAGUUUGGCAGCAACUGAAUACACAAAGGGGAUAUCUUCAGUAAAUCAGCUUCCUAAUCUUCAACGUGCAAUUCGAUGGGGUUCUGAUUACCUCAUAAAAUGUCACACUUCAUCCACCACAUUUUACACUCAGGUUGGAGAUGGAAAUGGUGACCAUCAAUGUUGGGAACGUCCUGAAGAUAUGGACACUCCAAGAACACUUUAUAAGAUAACUCAGAAUUCACCUGGAACUGAGGCUGCAGCUGAAGCUGCAGCUGCUCUUGCUGCUGCUUCUAUUGUGUUCAAGACUGUUGACUCUACCUACUCCGCCAAUUUAUUAAGCCAUGCAAAAUCACUGUUUGAAUUUGCAGACAAUUACAGAGGAUCUUUUAAAGAUUCUUGCCCUUUCUACUGCUCCUACUCAGGAUUUCAGGAUGAGUUGUUAUGGGGUGCAACUUUGCUAUACAAGGCAACUAGAGAUAACAAGUACCUAAACUAUGUAUCCAAUAAUCAAGGUUGGAGUCAGGCUGUGAAUGAGUUUAGUUGGGAUAAUAAAUUUGCUGGUGUUCAGACUUUACUAGCUAAGGAAUUCUAUGCUGGAAAGACAAAUCUGGCAAAGUUUAAGACCGACGCGGAGUCAUUUGUUUGUGCAUUGGUGCCUGGAAGUAGCUCUGUGCAGAUCAGAACAACUCCUGGUGGGCUUUUGUACACCAGAGAUAGCUCAAAUUUGCAGUAUGUCACAAGUGCUUCAAUGCUGCUAUUAAUUCACUCCAAAACCUUGUCAACAUAUCGUAUCAAUGGAGUCCAAUGUGGCUCUGCACAUUUCUCUCCAUCUCAAAUUAGAGCCUUUGCAAAAUCACAGGUGGACUAUAUACUCGGUAACAACCCGAUGAAGAUGUCAUAUAUGGUCGGGUAUGGAAGCAAGUACCCAACCCAAUUGCACCACAGAGGUGCAUCCAUUCCGUCGAUCAAAGUUCAGCCGGCAAAAGUUGGAUGCAACGACGGAUACUCAAACUAUUACAACGUAAACAAACCAAACCCGAAUACACAUGUGGGUGCAGUUGUCGGAGGUCCUGAUUCUAAUGACCAGUACAGAGAUUUAAGAUCCGAGUAUUCUCGGGCCGAACCCACCACUUAUAUGAACGCCGCCUUCAUCGGUUCAGUCGCCGCUCUUUUGACGCCAUCUGAAAAUAUUAAUGGAUUUCCGCCUGAGAAUGAGGGUUCAAGUUUGGUUUAUCAGAUAUAACAAAUUAGUAUAAGUUAUUUAUUAGCAACGAAUUAAAUAAUUAUGUUAUUUCUUGGAUUGGAUGAUUAAUAAAGCAGUGUAAAACAUCUUGUAAUAUUAUUUGGUCGUAUUAUUUACAAAAUUUUAUGAUAUA